AUGGGUGGCUUGCCAGAGGGCCAUGCAUACUUCGACCAACUGGUAUCGGAGCAAACAGGGGCCAUUGUUGUUGAUGUUGAAUAUCGCGUGGCACCGGAACAUGUUUUCCCUGCGGCCAUUGACGAUGCUGAUGCAACAAUCAAGUGGCUACAAGAGAACGCCGAAGAACGCUGGGGAGCAGAUCCAACUUUAAUGACCACGAGUGGCUUUUCUGCCGGAGGAAACCUGGCUUUCGCGGUCACUCAGCAUAAAAGCUGUCAGGCUCCAUCCCCUACUGCUAUCAAGGCCAUCACAACUUUCUACGCUGUUAUUGACUUCCGUCUGAGUCCUUGGGAGAAACCGCAUCCAGACAACAUGCCCAAGAAUGACCCGGCAAAAGUAUUUUUGCCUCUCUUCGACGCAUAUGCAGCACCUGCAAGAGCAAAGCACUUUGAGGAUCCAAGGCUGAGUCCUGUCCUUUCAGAAAAGGGAUCGUUGCCAGAGAGGAUUCUCCUUGUCGUUCCUGGCAUCGAUAUCCUCGUUGCAGAACAGACUGAGUUCGCAGAGAGAAUCAACAACGAGGACGGCGAAAGAGAAGUUCAGAGAGUAGAGAUCUUGCAUGAGAAAGAUCUGUUCCAUGGAUACUUGGAAGUCCCUGAUAUCGUGGUUAAGCGGGACAUCAAGCAUCGUGCCUACAAUAAGGCUAUUCAAUUUCUCAAGGAGACUCACAGGAAGUAUGAUUGGACCUGGAACGCCUGA